GUUUAGCAAAACUCUCCUGAGAACACUCAGAUUUAAUAUAAUUUUAUUUUUGGUUCUCCUCUCUUAAAGAGAAACCCAAGGUUGAGUAGAGAUUAGGCAAAUUCUCGAUCCCCAAAUUUGAAAAAAGCAGAAACUUGUUCUUAGGGUUCACCUCGCGAUUCUUUCAAAUUUUCUUUCUCUUCGAUCACAGGCGAUCGGUUUACCCAUCGGUUAGUCGCUGAUCGGCUUUCGGAAUCCUCUCCGUCUCGUCGUUACCGGCGCCUGAUCGGAUCGUUUGUUCAGGCGAAAUAUGGUGGUGAUCUCCCUGAAGAUUUUGAAUUCAAUUUUUCUCCGGUCGCUUCCGCUUGACUUUAUCAAGAUUUCGAUUUCGUGUAGACUUUCUUCGUGGCUUUGUUUGCGAAUCCUAUAAUACCAUUAGGGUUUUCAUUUUGGUUUGAUGAUCACUCUGUUCAGCAGAUCGAUAUUGUGAAUACUCGUUUCUGUAUAUAUUAAAAGACUGGUGGUUAGAGGGUUAUCGUUUUGGGAGAAUUAGAUUGUUUUUGUGUGUGUUUUUGAUCGCUAGAUCUUUGACUGAGGAUAUGUAUAUCGAACAACUGACGGAAAAGGAAGAGAAGGGGGAGAGAUCGGUAGAGGAGGAUAGCGUCGCUGAUGGAGAUAAGGCGAUAUUGGUGAGCAGUGGAAACGUGAUUGUGUUGACGACGAAGAGGGCGCUUGUUGGUGUUGGUGCUCGUGCGUUGUUCUAUCCAACUCUUGUUUACAACGUCGUUAGGAAUAAACUCGAAGCUGAGUUUCAUUGGUGGGAUAGAGUUGCGGAGUUUAUAUUACUGGGAGCUGUUCCGUUCCAGUCUGAUGUUCCACUGCUGAAAGAGCUCGGUGUUUGUGGAGUGAUCACUCUGAAUGAGCCAUAUGAAACUUUGGUUCCAUCAUCUCUCUACAAAUCCUACUGCAUUGACCACCUGGUGAUUGCCACGAGAGACUAUUGUUUUGCACCUUCCAUGGAAGCGAUAUGCCAAGCUGUAGAUUUUAUCCAUAGAAAUGCUUCCCUUGGGAAGACGACUUAUGUUCACUGCAAGGCGGGUCGGGGCCGCAGCACAACUGUCGUCAUAUGCUACUUGGUGCAACACAAACACAUGACACCUGAAGCAGCAUAUGCCUACGUGAGGUCAAUCAGGCCUAGGGUUAAAUUAGCUACCACCCAAUGGAAGGCCGUUCUUGACUACUACCAUGUCAGGGUUCUGAAUACUCAAAGUUCCUUAUCUGAUGCUGCUUCAGCUUUGAUCCCGAGAAAUGUGAAGCAAGUUUGUUCUGGGAAUGUGGUGGUCUUUGAUGAUGGAUCGAUGGUAGUAGUGACCCACUCGGAUCUAGAGGGCUACGAUGAUAACUCAGGGAGGUCAAUGACUGUUGCUGGAAACGAGCUAUGGGCGGCAGCUGCAGAUCUGAGCAUGGUGUACCGGGUGAAAGUGGUGGGACAGGCUGCGUUGGCGAGGAUCUCGUGCAUGUGGCUGGGCUUGCGUGAGGACCACAAGCUUUCUGGGAAAAAUCUUUCCAUGGGAGGUAUAAGCGUCGACAUUUCUGUCUACUGAUGAUGAUGAUGAAGAAUGAUGCAAAGUGAGCCUACUGGCUUAGCUAGCGAGUGAAUAUGCCGUUUUUCACUGUCUCUCGUCCCCAGUAAAAAAGAAGUCUAUAAAUAAAAAGAAGAAAUGGGCAGAUUAGAUAUAGAAGAAAGCAAGGUUUGUAAAUUCUGAAGAAACCUCCCAAAAAAAAAAAAGACCUGGUUUUGUCGUCUGGGUAUUGUAAUUAAGUACUAUCUCGUGCCUCAUUUGCCUUUAAUGAGGAAAAACGUGAAUUAAAUCUCCUUUUCAAGUAUUCAAAUUACUCUUUUUACUUAGUGACCUUGAGAUUAGUAUCAGC